UGGUAGAUUGGCUUUGGUAUUUGAGUUGAUGGAAUAAAAUCUGUAUGAACAUAUAAAAGGUGAGAGUAAAGAAUACUUAUAAUUAGGAAAAAAAAUGCCAUUAAAAUAAGAGAAGAUUAGGAGUUAUACGUAUCAAUUACUCAAAGCAAUAGAUUUUAUGCAUUCUAAUAAUAUUUUUCAUAGAGACAUAAAACCGUAAGAUUUGAAUUAAUUUGUUUUAGUGAAAAUAUCUUAUUACUUGGAGAUCAUCUUAAAUUAGCUGAUUUGGGUUCAUGUAAAGGAAUAUAUUCAAAACAUCCAUAUACAGAAUAUAUAUCAACAAGAUGGUAUAGAUCUCCAGAAUGUUUGAUGACUGAUGGUUAUUACGAUAGUAAAAUGGAUAUAUGGGGAGCGGGUUGUGUUUUAUUUGAAAUUACAGCAUUAUUUCCUUUAUUUCCUGGAAGUAAUGAAUUAGAUCAAGUACAUCGUAUACAUAACAUUUUGGGAACACCUAAUCCUAAAGUCCUUGAUCGUUUUAGAAAACAUGCUACACAUAUGGAAAUUAAUUUCCCAUAUAAAGUAGGAACUGGAUUAGACAAUUUAAUACCUCAUGCACCUAAAGAUCUUGUAGAUUUAAUUAAACAAAUGCUUGUUUAUGAUCCAGAAGAAAGAAUUAAUGCUAAAUAGGCUCUUAGACAUCCUUACUUUAAAGAAUUAAGAGAUUAAGAAUAAUAAAAAUUAUUAGAAACAAGUUUAUAAUCUAUCAAACUAUUAAAAAAAAAGUAUUAAUUUACAUUUUUAUAAGUGAUGAUUCCCUCAUGGAAGAAGAAUAAAAUACUUCCCAUAUACUUCAUAAAAAGACUUUAUUCAAUUAAACCAAUAAAAUCUUAUAAAAUUCUUUUAAAAAUAAGAAUCUACAUCUCUUAGAUUCUGUUAAAUUGCCAACUUUAACAAAAAAAUAAGCAGAUUUAAAAAAAGCAUAUGGAUAAGCACAUUUCUAAAGUAAUCCUUUCAAUUUUUAUUAUUAGCUACAAAGAAAAAGUCUAUUUAAUAUGAAUACAUUCUAUAUGGUAAAAAGGCAAACUUAGGUAAUUUUCUAAAUACUCUCAGGCAUAAAUGAACAUUACAUUCUGAUUUAUUUUUUUAAAUUUUAAUAUAUUAG